AACUACUAGAACAUUCAAGUACGUAUUAUUCUCCUGAAGACAGUGAUGACGUAAUAUGUUGUUUUGAUAAGCAUUUGUGGAGGGUAAAUGCGAGAUAAGACAUGAUGCAGAAGGUGGAAUCCUUAAUGAAACUUGCCAGCAUCCGGACCUUAGCAUUCGGAAGAGCCCAGAGAACGAUCUCUCGCUAUAUUUGCGCUACGAAUGAGGGGACCAGUGGAACAUUGUCAGAUUUAGGCUCCAGAAAAAAGACAUUUCUACAAAAGCAGGUUGACCAACAGGCGCGCAAACAGCAUAAAGAUGCCACCAUGAACGAAGCAUGUCGACGCAAUCCGUUGACCACAGUCACUCACAAACAAUUGGUCUUGAAUUCUGAUCAUCUAAUAAUGCCAACAAUAACUGGAACGCUCGACGAUCUCAACGAUCCUCAUGGCCAGUCUGGAAUUGUGUUAAAUUAUGUCUGGCUUAGGGACCAUUGUAGAUGUGACUCGUGUUAUCAUCACACAACCUCACAGAGACUAUUCGAAACUAACGCUAUUGAUCUUGAUAUUCGGCCCAAUAAUGCAGCUUUGACCUUCGAUCCGGAUGUUAACGAUCAUGUGUUGCAUAUCACAUGGCCAGAUGGCCACCAAUCACAGUUCACAUAUUCAUGGUUGACGGAUUCUAAAAAUAUAUUCGCUGGCAAGUAUCCUAAGUCAAAGUCGGUGCAGACGCUUUGGGACGCUAACACUAUAAAAGAAAUCGAUAUCAAAGCUGUUGAAUAUGAAAAAUAUAUGGACAAAUCAAAUGAUGAAAGCCUGAAAGUGCUACUGGAGAAUGUACUCCGAUAUGGCUAUGGUUUGGUUCACGGAUGUCAGACAUCGAUUGAUGACACUGCCAAAACUGCCGAAAGACUCUGCAUCAUACAGAACUCCUUAUUUGGUCAUAUGUGGAGUUUCACGAACGAUCUGGAACACAGCGACACGGCAUACACUAAUUUGGCCUUAGGUGCCCAUAACGACACGUGUUAUUUUUUGAAAGGUGCGGGAAUUCAAGUAUUCCACCUCUUAGAACACACCGGUGCUGGGGGUGAAACGUUACUGGUUGAUGGGUUCAAAGCACUGGAAACACUCAGGCGUAACCAUAAAUGGGCAUAUGAUUUCCUCGUAGAGACAUCUAUUGUUCAUGAAUAUGUCGAACCUGGGAUCGACAUCAAAAGCCUUGAUAGCAUCAUAAACGUACAUCCAAUUACAAAGGAACCGAUAGCUUUGCGGUUUAACACGUACGAUCGUGCAAGUUUGAACACCAUUGAUCAAGAGGAUAUGCCAAAGUUCUAUGAAGCGAACAAGUUACUCGCGAAUGAAAUUCAGAACCCCCAGAAUGAGUUCUGGUUGAAACUAAAGCCUGGGACCGUACUAUUCGUGGACAAUUGGCGAUUAUUACACGGGAGGUCCGCAUUUACCGGCAGACGCUGCGUAUGUGGAUGCUAUUUGGCAAGGGAUGAUUGGACAAGUAAAGCAAGAGAGUUGGGACUGGUGUCAUCGUUCCAUUUUUAAAUCUGACUUUAAAAUGUUGUACGCAUCUUUCAAUGAUUUUGCUCCCAGUUUUAUACCCAAGCAUUGGUAGCUUAUUGUUUUAUGUUUGAAUUUCUAGAUAAAAGCAAAAUAAUACUGUAUAAUUGAGAAGAUAAUUCAUUUCUUUUCAACAGUUUCAAAGUUGAUGAAAAUUACUAGAGACUGGGCCCUUUUAACAUAAUAGUUGCCACAAUACGCAUAUUUUCAUACAUAAUGUACAUCAAUUCAUAUCAUGGACUGAUGCUAUAUAUUAAGAUUAUACAGUGAUUGUCAUGUCCAUAGUUAUGGUUGUCUAGGUGAUAUUGGUCUCAAAGGGGAAAUGGCUCCGACUAUAGGUGUGAUGGUGUGAUGUACCACUGUGGUCUGUCGUUGUGACUCAUCGUCUGAUAGCACCUGAAAUAUUAACAAAUUAUUUCAAAAUAACUUAGUUACAGUUACCAAGGUAUUGUGCUUUUUACUGAUUGUCACCUGUGUACCAAAC